AUGAUUUCCACAAGGGUGAUGGACUUCAAGCUUCGGGAGGCCGCCGAGGGCCUUGGGGAGGACAGCACAGGAAAGAAAAAGUCCAAAUUCCGAACCUUUAAGAAGUUCUUUGGGAAGAAGAAGAGAAAGGAAUCCCCUUCCUCCACAGGAGGCAGCACCUGGAAACAAAGUCAGAAGAGUGAGGUGAUGGCCAUCGAGGCAGGGCCAGUGGGCUAUGACUCGGAGGAUGAGCUCCAGGAGUCAAGGGGCGCGCUGGGCAGCCGGGCCCUGUCACACGACAGUAUUUUCAUUCCCGAGUCUGGACAGGACCCUACCCGGCCUGUGCGGGUGUUUUCCCAAGAGAACGUGUGUGACCGGAUUAAGGCUCUGCAGUUAAAAAUACAGUGUAAUGUGAAAAUGGGACCGCCACCUCCUCCAGGGGGCCUUCCUGCCAAGCGGGGAGAUGACGCCGGCAUGAGUUCUGAGGAUGAUGGGCUGCCCAGGAGCCCCCCAGAGAUGUCCCUGCUGCACGACAUUGGUCCCAGCACAACCAUAAAGGUCUCUUUGGUUUCCUCGUCCCGGCCGCCCUCUCCAGACCAACUCUCCUCUGGGCACAUGGGCGAUGCCCCUGUCUUGCCCCGGACCUUGGACAGCAGUGUGGCGCCUGUGGCUGAUUUCAGUUACCCCCCAGAAUUCUCCUCCUGCCUGGACAACUCUGCAGCUAAGCACAAGCUCCUGGUUAAGCCCCGAAACCAGCGGUCAAGCAAAAUGAGGCGCCUGUCUUCGCGGGCACAGUCCGAAUCCCUGAGCGACCUGACGUGCACCCCCGAGGAGGAGGAGUCCGACGAGAAGCCAUUACCCCUGGUCAGCUCAGAGGAGAAGCCCAGUGCCAAACAGGAGGAUGGGGUCCUGGACAGAGGCCCUGAGCCCAGGGGACCGGCCACCUUGCUGCCACCGGGGGGACCCCGUGCAAGACGGGCACGCCUACAGCACUGCCCCGCGCUGUGUGCCAGUGCUGAGGAGGAGAGCUCCCCUGGGGAUGAGGUCUUGAGCCGCCCGGCCAGCCCGGAGGUCACAGAGCCCACGUCAGGCCCAGCCCCGAGCUCGGAGUUCCCGCUUCUGCCGGAAGGCUCCCCGCCGCGCCCUGAGCCCCACAGCAAGACUCCCAGGGAGGAGCUCUCCCUUGAAAGCACAGGUCCACUGUCCGAGGACACAGCUGCUGAGGUGGUUUGUGCUUCUGGAGACGCUGAGAGUUUGUCUCCCCACGUCCCUGAGGAAGACAUGACACCUGGGACGGGCCCCACCAUGCCCUUGGAGACACCCCCUGGUCCAGACGGGCCAGACCCCAGUGUGCAGAAGGGGGCGGAGCUGAUGCUGGCAGCGCCCAGGGCCGAGGGAGCAGAGACAGAAGGUCCUGAAGACCACACCCCAAGCUCCCCUGCCCCCAAGAGCUGCUUGAAGCACAAGGCCCCAGCGGUGCACAGGAGCCUCAGUGUGUCCCCCACCCUGCCCGCCUCCGAGUCACCUGCAGAGGAGCCCACCUCCUGUGCCCUGGACAUAGUUGCCCCCGGGGUGACCUCCAGGGCUGAACAGGCCAAGUCCCCACAGGGGGUCCCUGAAAGGGAGGCACCGGAGCAGAAAAUUGGGAGAGGAGGCAGCAAGUCACGGGGCGUGAAGAAGUUUUCCGUGUCCUCAGGUCGCGCGUGGCCACACACAGGCCACAGAGAGCGGCUAGGGCACCCUGGCCCCGUAGGCCCCACUGCUGUUCCCUCCACUGUCCAGCUGCCCCUGCUGAGGAGCAGCCUGGCCUGGAGGAGCGAGGGCGCCCUCGACGACCUCCAGGCACCUCUGGAGGACCAGAACCGAAAACUGGACCCUCAGGAGCCACCUUCACCAGCUGAGUGUGGCUCUCCGGACUCAGGGAACAGGGUGGCCAGCCAGGCUGGGCCGGGGCAGAACCACCAGGAUUCAGUGACCACACCAGCCCCGCGAGAGCCCGGCCCCGCUGCCCAGGAGCCGCUCACGUGUGGGGACAGAAGCCCCUUCCCCGUCAAGCUCCGGUCCACGUCGCUCUCUUUCAAACACAGAGAUGUGUCCCUGUCAGAAGCGAAAGGAAUCAAGAGGUACAGUGCUGAGGUCCGGCUGGACAAAGGAGGACUGACUCUGCCCUCGAAAGAUGACAAGUGUCACGUGGGGACAACCCCCACUGUUCGGGGGGCCAGAGCCCCCAGCAGCCAGGGGAGGGGGAGGGUCCGGUCAUCUGAGCAGCCGGGCUCCAAGCCACCCCUGCCCAGGAAGCCGCUUCUGCAGACCCUCACCCUCCCAAACCCAUCCUCACCCCCUGAUGUCAGCCCCGGAGAGCUGGACAGCGGCGUGCCACCCCCGGGCCCCAGAAAGGAGAGUCGGACGAUGGAGAAAAGGUUGCCCCACCGGGGAACUGAGAAGGGGCUGCCUCCCUCAGCAACGGGGCGUGGAGCCAAGGGCCAGCCCGGGCCGCCCUGGAUCACCAUCACUCCACAGAAGUGGCGAGGGGCCCCAGAGCAGCCACCUGACCAGGAGGACAAGCCUGGGGUUCAGACCCUGAAGUCUGAAACAGGAAAGCCAGCCAAGGCACCCAAGAGAGCCCAGGAGCCCAUGAAGCAAGCCGACUUUGUCCGCAGCAAGUCUUUCCUGGUCGCCCCGGCUAAGCCCACUGUGGACCGAAGGCAGGCGACAAAGCUCGGCCUCCAGGAGGGGCUGCAAAGAGGGAUCUCUUUGUCCCAUCAGAACUUGGCAGCUCAGGCGGCAGUGGUGACGGAGAGGGAGUUGCAUCAGCUGAAGCGGGCCAGCUAUGCCAGCACAGAUCAGCCGUCCUGGAUGGAGCUCGCCAGAAAGAAAUCUCAGGCUUGGAGUGACAUGCCCCAAAUUAUCAAAUAGGUUGACAGCGUGCUGGUAAAAAAUGUCCACCACCUUGACAGGUCACUUAGGGGAAAACUGCCACUAAAGGCAAACACACUGAAACUUCAGAGUGAUUUUUAUCAUCAGGUUAUGGGAGGGCGAGCUUGGGGAAGAACGAACCAGGCAAACAAGGAAGACAGACACACAGCCACAGUCCUGGGCCGGCCGUGCCCGAAAACAAGAACACCAUUGAAAAGGGCCAGGAACAAGGCCUGUGCCCAAAGGUAUGAAUGUGAGUCUUUCAGAAUUCCCUUGAUCAAAGGGCCUCCGACAAGGAAGAAGAAGGAAGCGCAUGCACAGCUAGGACGUGGAGAACGUGUGUCUGUGCCUCCACGUGAGAGCAGCUGUGUCUGUGGUCGUCGUCUUGCCUGUGGCCCUGUCUUCUCUCGUGUUUACUUUUGGGCAUGACAUUUAUGGUAAGCAGGGAUGCCGCUUCCAAGAGCAGCUGUAAAACAGUUAGCCUUCCUGAAGAUAGUCACUCUGCGAAGGGGCGGAAAGAACACAGCAGGGAGCAUCA